GGGUCAGACUGCAGAGUGGCCGCCGGUUCCCAGCUGAGGUCUACAUAACGAGUGCUUCCGGUCUUUCUCACCCUCUUUUCCUCUGCACUGGGACGCAGCCAUGGUGAACGUCCCGAAGACCCGGAGGACCUACUGCAAGAAGUGCAAGAAGCACCAGCCUCACAAAGUCACCCAGUACAAGAAGGGGAAGGAUUCCCUCUUUGCACAGGGUAAGAGGAGAUACGACAGAAAGCAGUCCGGCUAUGGGGGUCAGGCCAAGCCUAUUUUCCGAAAGAAGGCUAAGACUACAAAGAAGAUUGUGUUGAGGCUGGAGUGUGUGGAGCCCAACUGCAGAUCCAAGAGAAUGCUUGCCAUCAAGAGGUGCAAGCACUUUGAGCUGGGAGGUGACAAGAAGAGAAAGGGCCAGGUCAUCCAGUUCUAAACUGUGGUCCAGUCUUCUGGAUGAAGUUGUCACAAUUUUCAUUAAAUGUCGUAAAAGAAA